CCGCGGCCGCGCGGUUCGGGUCUGCGGGGGCCCGCGGAGGCCGGGCCGUGCGGGGACCUCCCCGGCUUCAGCCGCAGCCAAAAGCGAGCCCCCGCCACCCCCGCGCAGCCCACCCGCUGGCACCCUGCGCCCUGCCGCCGGAGCAGCGGGACGGGAAACUUUUGGGGGGAGAAAGAAAAAAAAAAAGUUUUCCUUCCCCCUCACCCCCCCCAACCCCGCUUUUUCAUUGCUUUUUAUUUAUUCCCCCCCCUCCGCCCCCCCACCGUCUAUCUCUCCCCUCCGCCGUCAGAUGGCUUUUUAGCGUUAACAGCUAAAGAGCGUGGGUGCUCCGGGGAUCCCAGUGAUGGACCCCGCUGCUCUCUGCGGGCGGAACGCGGCGCUGAGAUUCGUUGACUCGGGGGGAUCUCUACGUCCCCAACUCCGUCACCCCCCGCAGUCCGUGCCACGCUGCCCGGGCCUCGCCGCGCAACCCCCCGCCGCCGGGUCCCGCCUCGGCGGGCCGCACCAACACAUGGGGCACAGCCACCAUCCUCAUCUUCCUCCUCAGCAUCACCUCGCGGCCCUAAAGCUCGGCCCUGCCCCUCAGCCCCACCGCCCGCGCCCGGCGGGCCCGGCCCAGCCGCUCUCCGGUCACACAGAGGCGUUCGGCCCGGCGGCGGCCCCCUGCCCCUUGUCCCACACAGCUGCUGCCAGGGACUCGGCCAUGCCCGGGCUGAGCGAGCAGCACCCCGCUGCCCGAUCUCACCACGGACUGUUUGUCUCAACAACAGGUAGCUGCCCCGGACACCGCGGGCACCACCGCCCCUCGGAAGCCGGGAAUCCCGCGCUGUUCGCUGGACUCCAUGAGCAGCCGCCCCAUGCAGCUCCAGGUGGCCAUCUAAACGGACAGAUAAGGCUGGGGUUACCUGGAGAAAUGUACGCCAAGGCUGAACAUUUCACUCCAGUGCCAGCCUCCAGGACAGAGCCUUUUGCUGCUUCUUCGCUUCAUAGCUACGGUGGCAUGAACCUGAACGUGAACCUGGCUCCGCACCACGGCCCGGGGGCCUUCUUCCGCUACAUGCGGCAGCCCAUCAAACAGGAACUCAUCUGUAAGUGGAUUGAGUUGGAGCAGACUCCCAAAAAAUUAUGCUCGAAAACUUUCAGCACGAUGCACGAGCUGGUGACUCAUGUCACCGUGGAGCACGUUGGAGGACCCGAGCAGUCCAAUCACAUAUGUUUCUGGGAAGAGUGCCCGCGAGAAGGGAAACCUUUCAAGGCCAAAUACAAACUCGUAAAUCACAUCCGAGUCCACACAGGUGAAAAACCUUUCCCCUGCCCUUUCCCAGGCUGUGGCAAAGUGUUUGCCAGAUCAGAGAAUCUCAAAAUACACAAAAGAACUCACACAGGGGAGAAGCCGUUCAAAUGUGAAUUCGAGGGCUGCGACAGACGCUUCGCCAACAGCAGCGACAGGAAGAAGCACUCGCACGUCCACACCAGCGACAAGCCCUACAACUGCAAACUCCGGCUACGAGUCCUCCACGCCCUCCUUGGUGUCCCCCUCCUCGGACUCCGGCCGGGACCCCCCCGCCUCGUGUUCUCACGCCGAACCCCCCGCGCCGCCCGCCGCCAACCUGAGCGAAUGGUACGUGUGUCAGGGCCGCCCCGCGCCCCCCGCCGCCCCGCCGCCCCCGCGCCCCGCCGCCCAGCCCCGGCCCCGCUGCUAGGGAGCGCGGCGGCGACGGGAGCGGGAGCGCGGCUGCGGGCAGCGAGAGAGGAGGGGACGGGCCUUGGCUUCGGCCCCGGGGAGGCAGAGCCGCGCUGCCGGACCCCGCUGCUCCCGCUCGGCCUGGCCAAACUGCCUCCUUCCUCCGUGCACCGCCCGCUGAUCGCCUCGCUCCUGCCUGGCCACAAGCGCACUGAGUUGCAGCAGCUGUUUCCUUUUCCCUUUCCUUUUUCCUUUAUCCCUUUUCCUUCCCUUCUCUUUCCCGCUCCCCACCCACGGUGGUUUCACACAGAUUCGCAGCUGUACAGGUUUUCUCUUGUCAACAGUGUCUCGUGCUGA